AUGGCAAACCCUGACACCAGCCUCCCUCUGACCUCCACGGCGGCCGGCGCACUCAUAGCUUCAACUGCCGCUCUUGUGUCGCCUACUAUCCUCCCUCCUGGCUCCACUCCACAGCCUGUAGGCAUCGCCGCUGCCCUCGGCGCCGGCACAGGCCCAGAUGUCUCCCUGAGCUCGCCCAUGGCACCUCUCCCCACUGCCCGUGCUCUCUUCGAUGAUGAUGUGGCCGCCACGUCCGUCGUCCACGAUGCGGGCGCCAUCCCGGUGACGGCUGCCUCUCUGAAGCAUAUCCGCAUCAAGGAGCACGUCCUCACCGCCCUCGACCUCAAGCGAAACAACUAUGGCCGGUGGAGCACCCUCUUCAUGAAGGUCAUCGACCGGAACGGCCUCGAGGACCACCUCGUUGCCGGCGCCGACCACAAGCUUGAGGACGCCGAAUGGAUGAAGGUCGACCUCACCAUUGUGUCCUGGCUCUACACCACCAUCAGCGAGGAGAUCCUCGACAUCAUCCUCGCGCCGCACGAUCCGGCUUUCGUGGUAUGGACAAAACUCUCAAGUCUUUUUCUGGACAACAUGAUGACUCAGGCCGUCUACAUGGAGGAGGAGUUCCGCAGUCUGCAGCAGGGCCACCUCUCCGUCACGGACUACUGCUCGCGCCUCAAGGUCCUCGCCGACGGCAUGCGUGACGUCGGUGUUCAGGUCUCCGACCAGUCCAUGCUCUUCAACAUGCUCCGUGGUCUCAACCUUUCUCUCGGCCACGCCAUCCCGGUGCUCACCAUGUAG